AUGAAUUUCUUGACAGUCGUCACUACGCUGGCUCUUUGUCUCAUCACAUUCACUACCGCACUCAGCACUCCGCCUGCGGUCGAAGAUGCAACUCUUCCUUCAGAUUCCUCCUCUUGGUCAGAUCUAGUCAAGCGGCGUGGAGGCGGGGGAGGGCACGGUGGGGGAGGAAGUGGCGGUCGGGUUGCCAGUGGACGCACAGGCAAUUGUGGGAGUAGCUCUAGAACAAGCUCUUCAAGCAACGUUGGGGGCUCAUCCCGCAGUGGCUCUGGAACCCGUCCUGCGUAUGGGGGUGGUGGCUACUAUGCCGGCGGUGCCAGCGCUCCUUAUACUUCGGGGGCAAAGUCGCGUUCGGGAGUGACACCUUACCUCUUGCCGGCAGCUACAGUACCCCUCUAUUUCCCAGGUCGCUGGGCAUACGGGGCGUACGUCUACCCCUACAGUUAUCACUAUCACUAUGUCGAUGACACCACUCACAAAAACGAGUCGAUGCCCGUUAACUGUAUUUGCCAACAAUACUUGGAAUGUGGGUGUGAUGAGAAUAGUAACAGCACCUUCUAUGGGUCUCUGUUCAAUGGAACUCAGCCCAAGAAUACGAGCGUGGUCGUAGUGAUUGAUGUGAACAGCACGACAUCAAUCUAUAUAAACGGGACCCUGGCAAAUGGGACAACUGCCGCUGAUUCGGCUGUAGCUCACCUUGGAUGCCGAUUGGGACGCGAAAAAAUCGCGCUUCUGGCUUCGUCCGAUCUUACCAUGGUCCUCACCCUCUUCUCGCUAAGCAGACUAGGCUAUAGCGUCAUGAUGCUAUCCCCACGUCUUUCGGCAGUGGCCUGUGUGGCGUUACUGGAUGAGGUCUCCUGCAACAAAGUUCUGUACGGCCAAAAUCCUGCCAUGCGGGCUACAAUCGGCGAAAUUGCAAGCUUGAGGCUAAUUACGGCCUGGCCAAUCACAUCGUUGCCCAAUGCCACCAGCGCAGGCCACACCGAGAAUCCUGUGGCACAUGAGCUUGACUGCGGAUUGCCUCACGUCGAAGAAGAUGACACAGCACUGAUUCUCCAUUCAUCCGGCUCAACUGGUGUCCUAAACCCACGUUACGUGGCCCACAAGGUGUUGAUAUCUCAGAUGCAAGGGAGCCGUGGUCUGAGCGUUUUCAGCCCCCUCCCGUGGUACCAUGGGCUUGGGUUGGCAACUGCGUUACAGGCGAUGUAUGCGCAGAAAACCGCAUUUUCUAUGGGAUGCAGAAAUCCCGAUGACGGCAAGGUCAUUGAUGAACCAGAAGGCAUAACGAUGCUGAAAGCAUGUAAAAUGGUGACAUACAGUGGCGGCGCUUGUCCGGAUCAUCUACGGGACCAGCUGGUAGCGAAGGGAGUUAGGUUCGGGGGAGUUCUCGGGUCGGCAGGAUUGGUGGCCGAGUCCAUCUCGCGCCCGACGGACGACCACGAUUGGAGCUAUCUGCAAUUCUUCGACCAUAUUCAGCGGUUUGUCCGAAUGAAGUGGGUGAGCGAGUGCGUCUACCUGCCCGGUCAUCCGAGCCUCAGCGCCUCGAACGCAGACGAUGGCUCCUACUAUUCACGUGACCUUUUCGUCCAGCACCCGAUACACCCGAAGCGGUGGAAGUAUGUCGCCCGCCGCGACGAUUGUGUCACGCUUAUCAACGGUGAAAAGGUGCUACCGCUUCGCAUCGAAGGUACCAUACGCCAACAUCCCCUCGUCGACGAGGCCGUCGUGGUAGGCGUGCAGAAAGCCGAACCGGAGCUGUUGAUCUUCCGUGCAGCCGCCGCCCAAGAUACCCCAGCCGAGCAAGUUCUCGACCACAUCUGGCCCACGGUGGAAGAGGCCAACGCCUGGGCGGAACAGUUUUCGCGCAUCUCGCGGGCGAUAGUCAUCGUGCUGCCGGCAGGGGCGGCCUGCCCGCGGACCGACAAAGGAUCGAUUAUCCGGGCGCAGGUAUACAACGACUACAAAGACGACAUCAGCAAAGAUGUACAGCCGUUGCCACGACGGAACGAACUCCGCCUUCCGGUCAGCACAGUCCACGAGGACUUGUACUCCCACGGCGUGGACAGUCUUCAGGCGAUCCAACUGCGACGACAGAUCUGCAGAGACUUCAAGUUCGCCGACGCCGCAACCGUCCCAAAGAACCUGGUGUACGAUGCGGGGAACAUCUCUCGGCUGGCGGAGCUGAUCUACGCCAUCCAGCACGGCCAGGACACGCAGCACGAGGAUGAAUGGGCCUUGGCGCGCGACUGGGUCCAGCAAUACUCCUCCUUCUCUGGCACCCCAGGCUCGGGUGCUCGAUCGAACGAGAAAGCAGCAAUCUUGACCGGCGCCACCGGAUCGAUCGGCGCGCAUCUGCUCCAGACCUUGCUGGCGGAUGAGACUAUCACCACCGUGUACUGUCUGACCAGACAGUCGAACCCGCACGACACGCUCUUCCCCAACCUCCGCCGGAAACAGAUUAUCAUCCCGCCCGCCUGGGCCGAACGGAUUGUCGCGCUGCAGAGUGAUCUCGCACAAAGCGACCUCGGCGUGGGCGACAAACUCUUGCACCAGAUGAAGCGAUCGGUGUCCCUCAUCAUCCAUGUCGCCUGGCCGGUGAACUUUACGCUGCCACUCCCGAGCUUCGAGCCGCACGUCAAAGGCCUUCACAACUUGAUCAGUUUCUCCUUGUCCGUCAAUGCGCCAGCCCCCGCGGUGCUCCUCUUCUGCUCCUCCGUCUCUACCGCGCUCGCCUCGCCUGCGCCCGAGAUCGAAGAGAUCCCGAUGGAGCCGAAUUGCGCGCUGGACAUGGGGUACAGCCGCUCCAAAUUUGUCGGAGAACAGCUAGUCAGCCGCGCCCGGGAAGCAGGAGCCCAUGCUUAUUCCGUGCGGGUCGGCCAGGUCUCGGGUCAUUCGGAAAGAGGCCUGUGGAAUGACUCGGAAGCCAUACCCUUGAUGAUCCGAUCCGCCCCAACUGGGGCCAUUACCGGAUCUGGACAUCUCGUGCUCCUAGCUGCCGGUGGAUCACCUCGUCGCCUUUCUGCGGGAGAUCGCUGA